AUGAUAGGCGAAUCGCAUAGAGGACAAGUAAUUUCUGUAGACCGUGGUCGUUCGUCUGCCUCAGCUCUGCGGAGUGUGGGGAUGAAAGCGGAAGUGAAACGGGGAUCCGCAACGAGUAACGGCACCAAAGCCCCGGCGGUCGUUAGCGGCGCCACGAAUAAUGCUACCACAGAGAAAGUGCCAGCGGAAGUUACAGCUGCGGCC